GCUCCACUUACAACUCCAUUUUUAUCUUUAACUGACUCAAUUCUUCUGCACCUGAUCUGUUAUCUUCAGCACAUCGUGGAGCUGUGUUUUGCUCUGAGGAUGAAGACUCUUACAGCGGCCGCUCUGUGUGUUGCGAUGGCUCUCAGUCUCUUCUCACGAGCCGAGGCUACCACUGCCUUCGACAUCCUGCGCCAGUCUGCUGUGAGUUACGCGGGCUCCCUGCCCUGCGGCGGAUGGGACUGUGACUGCGCUCUCAAAAGACAGAACGGCUGCUGCUGUAUUGCUCAGCCUCUGUCUGAUCUGGAGGAGACCACGUUCAUGCGCAUGGUCGGCUUAUGGGAAGAACUGUCUAAUCUGAACGGCCAAAUAGAUGAGCUCACAGCUGGAUGCAAAAUCGCCUUCACUGCUGCGAUGCUUCCGAUGACCGGAUGUCUUGGGCCGUUUACCAGCAACGUGUCUAUCUCUUACCAGUCCGUCUCCCUCAACCAGGGCAAUGGCUACAACCCCGCUCUGGGCACGUUCACGGCUCCUCACGCCGGCCUCUACUCCUUCUCCUUCACGGCCUACUCCUUCGUGGGCAGCGCGGGUCAGCGGCUCUACCAGAAGGUGCAGAUGAUGAAGAACGGCCAGCUGAUCGCCUCGUCCUGGGAAGAUAACCGCGAGGACUCGGAGGACAGCAGCUCUCAGACGGUUCUCCUGCAGCUGGGUCGGGGCUGUCAGGUGUACGUGGAGCUGAUGUCAGGCAGACAGCUGUGUGGAGACACCCAGGGCCAAAACACCUUCAGCGGAUACCUGCUCUAUCCCACCUCGGAGCAGUGACCAAUAAAAUAACUGUGCACGCGUACGCAGCCAUCUUCAGCAGAGAUUAAAGCGAUGGAAAAACGAGACGUCCGGGUGUGAAUCUGGUCGGUCUGUCAUGAAAGUGACUAAACGAACAUGUAACCCUACCCUUGCAA